GAUCACUAUUGAUUUGUGGGCAUAGUAAUGUCACGUGACUCUUUUGGAAGGAGCCGGUCCAAACCGGUCGACCGUAGUGGGUUCGGGAUCAUUCGCCGUGUUUGUGAGCUGGGAUCACAUUGAGGUAGGCUUAGAUGUUGACAUUUUAUUUUUAAAAUAAAUCAGUAAAGUGUAUAACAGAAUGUGUUUUGUGUGCUUAAAACUUUAUAUGCACACUAAGCUAGCUGCGAGAAGAUAUACAAUAACGUUUGGAAGAAAAGUAUUGGCUUAUUCGAUUACAUUAAAGAAAAAAUUGCUCAGUAAAUGACAUAGCUAACGUUACUUCUGUUGCCACAUCAACUACACUUUGGUCCAUGUAUGAACAUUUUAGUUUAUGUUAGUUUGAGCAAUUACAUAUAUAAAAUAUAAUAUGGGCUAUGUUCAUUAUUCUGUAUAUAUUUUAUACUUUAUUUGGGGGUUUGCGAGAGGGCCAUGUCCUUAGAAGAGUCCCAAGUCGUCAUUCGUUAAAACGACUGUUGCUACCAAUGCGAGCCAGACGGUCUUCAAAACACUAAAUCCAUAUUGGAAAGAAAUGUUCCCAAGAUUGUGUUAACUAAUCCUAAGAAAUGAAUGGUUAUUGUCUUUCCCAUGACUUUAUUUUUUUUAAGCCUUGAAGGUUUUAUUUAUAAAUAAUGAAGCUGUCACAAAUUUAAGUAAGGGAUUUUGUAUCAUUUCUCCACUAUAAAGAGUUUCAAGAAAUCGCAUUUUAAUAGAUGGAUGCGUUUAUUUUUACGCCUAUUAUUAAAAUAGACACUUUACAUUCUCUUUAAUGUUGACAUUCACCACAGACCGAAUGAUCUGCUGUGACUUUAUUUAAGUAACGUAAAGAUAAUUUAAACUAAUUAAAUUGAUAAUAAUCUUAGUUUUGACGAGGCUUCAAAUUAAUAUAUUUAAAAUAAUUUAUCACGUAAAAGGUGCUAUACAAUGUAUUAAAUGUGUAUGUGUCAAGGAUAUGAAUAUAUGAACCACUUUUGGGAGACAAGUAAUACGAUUAAUAUCCCUUGUAUAAUAUACAGAGUGUUGGGACUUUGGAGGAACUUGCCUAAUCGCAGUUUUGGUUGAAUAAGAGAGUUUUGUUUUGGAAUGGAGAGAAUAAUGGUGGAAUAAACUGAGACUUUUGACAUUGUAUCAAGAUUUGUUGAUAACUUUAAGAAGUACACGUAAAAGAACAUUAUUUGUGUGUGUGUGUCACGGAUGUGAAUCACUUAUGGGAGACAAGUAAUACUAUUAAUAUUCUUUGUAUAAUAUACAGUGUUGGGACUUAGGAGGAACUGACAUAUCGGAGUUUUGGUCGAAUAACUCAGUUUUGUUUUGCAAUGGAGAGAAGAGACCGUUAAGAUUGUAUCAAGAUUUGUUGAUAACUUUAAGAAGUACAACUAAAAGAAGAUUAUGUUGUGUAGACGUUUAAUAGUAGCUGAAAUUCGUGUUAUAUAAUUCCAAGUAUCUUCAGAUUUUGUGAAACGUAUUUAUCAUUGUGAAUGUCGAUAUUAAAAUCAAUCACUGUUUCGACACUAUCGCCUCGGGAAUUAUUUAUAAUGGAAUAUAAUUUGGACAGCAGGAUUAAUUAAUAUCGUGUAGAGCAGCGGUUCUCAACCUGUGGGUCGCGACUCCUUUGGGGGUCGCGAGACCAUUUCCCAGGGGUCGCCUAAGACCAUCUGAAAACACAUAUCCUUACAGCUAUGAAGUAGCAACGAAAAUAAUUGUGUGGCAGGGGGUCGCCACGACACGAUAAACUGUAUUAAAGGGUCGCGGCACUAGAAAGGUUGGGAACCACUGGUGUAGAGCAUAUCAUUUUAAGGUAGUUGUUGCACAAAUAACAUUUGCAGCGCCGCCUCGUGCAGUUUAAUAAGCAAAUAUUUGUUAAAUAAACCAAAACAAUGAAACAACAAAACUCAAACUUACUUCCAAUAUUUUUGACAGGUAGUUGCGGAAAAAAAAAUGUUUGCUUCUCCACUGGAACAAGAAAAAAACGCAUCACAGUUGAAGGUUAAUUAACUUUUGAAAAUUAAUUGUGGUUUACGGAUUCAUCACAACCCCUGAGACCGCCAGGGCAAAAUUUCAUGACAACUUCUUCACGUCUGUUAAUCUUAACUUUUUAAAAAAAAAAGAAUUGUGCAACACUGAGAUGGAUCAUAGGAAAGAAAAAGGGUUUAUUUUUAUCUCCAAGUCUAUAUAUUUCAGUUAAAAAGCAUUAAUACAAAAUAACAGGAAAACGAUUAGAGAAACACUGACAUGGAUGUGCAUCAAGACUGCGCUGUUGGUAUUGCCAAAUGCUUAAAAUCUUUAUGGGAACAACAGGAUUACUUGGAUUAUGAAGUUAAAGUUGAAGAUGAGACGUUCAAAUGUCAUCGGUUGAUUCUGGCAGCUUGUUCGCCCUAUUUUGACGCCCUUUUUAGAUCCGAUUUGAAGGAAACGAGGGACGGAUUCUCAACUUUGAGAACUAUGUCCUCCACAACAUUCCAGCUGAUUCUUACAGCUAUCUACACAGGAAGUGACGUGCUGACGGAUGAGAAUGUGAUUGACGUGUGGAACGCCACUCACUUGCUUCAGAUUGAUUUCAUGAUAAAACAUUGUGAAAAGAGGGUCGUCCAAGGAUUGACUUUAGACAACUUUGAAGAGAUGUACGCGCUUGCUAAGUUGCUGGAUUCAAAGAAUGUUGCAGAUGGAAUUGUUGAGUUUACUAUUCGGCACUUUAAUCAAGUUAAAAACUCUAAUACAUUUUGGCAACUUGCCCCUAAUGAAUUUUUAUCAGUGGUAAAAAGUCAAGAUCUGAUGGCUAGUUCUGAAGAUUGCGUCCUGGAAUCCAUAUUAAAGUGGGUCGAUUACUACAAAGACGAGACGACUACUUUGACAUGUCCAGAAAAAGGUGAAGUAGAGUGUCCAAAUUAUACAUUUCAUGGAGGAAAUUGCAAAGAAAUAAAAAAUCUUGAUCAACAACAACUGGAUAUGCUUGGUGAAGUAUCACGUGAGAACAUAGAAAGCGAAGAUAUUACGGACAUUGCAACAAACAAUGUAAAAUUUUGUGGAACUGGACCUGAGAAGGACAUUCAUGACACAGACACAAUGAAAGAAAACUCUCUAUCAUUAAAGACUCAGAUAUCUAAGGAACAUCGAUGUUCUAGAUUACAAAUGUUGGCCCCGUUACUGAAAUCUGCACGAACUUGCAUCGCGAGUCCUACUUCUCUAGAUAAGGUUUAUAAAGAUGUCUUAGUACAAGCAGACCAUGAGGCUAAAAACAUUAUUUAUGAGGCCGUCAGGUACCAGUUGUCCACGGCUAGAGACGGACAAUGGAUCCAGUGGCCAUCGGCGUCAAUUUACAGGGCGUGUAAUAAUUUUGACCACUUUGGAGUCUUUGUGCGACAAAAUGGAGCCUCAGAGGCGUUGUCUCUGACUAGAAAUAAAUGGUUCAAGUUAGAAAAAAUCCCGUUUCCUGAUGGUGCCAAGUUUGUCAAUAUCAACGUUUUUAAUAAGAAAAUAUAUGCUUUGACUGGAUUUGGCUAUAAUCGUUACGCUACAUAUGAUUUUAAAUCAGAGGUAUUGAUAUUUAGAGAUAAAAAAUGGGAAACGAUUACCCAAGUUGGCCCAUUGCCGAGAUUUUUUCUUAUCAGUCAUGGAGAUUACAUAUACAUCCUCGCCACGGAUGAGUACGGAAUUUAUAGAAUUAAUUUAUCUGACGAAGGUAAAACUUUAUGCCGCUUCACAACAUUUCCCGAUAGGGGCAUCACAUUUACACAUGCCAUGGCCUUUGAAAAAAACAUUAUUGCUUUUUAUAAUGUCUCCAGAAAUUGUGAAUCUGCAACUGGCGUUUAUCGUGUUAAUCUAAAUGACAAACAAUGGGAACAACUUGACAUCUUACCUGGAUCAGCAAAUGGACUAACACAUUUUAAAUAUGACAGUGAUACUUUCAUAUUACAAGGCAAUGGGAAUUUACAUAAAAUUGCUGUGAACACAGAAAGAGAUUUCCUCUUUGAGUUUAUAGAAAGACUUUGGGAAAAUGAGUUUAAUUUACAAGGAGCCUUUAUGUACAGUGACAACCUCAUUGUAUUUGCAGCAGAUUCCAGUAAAGCCGGCACAAGGACAACCUUGCAGAGACGGUUGUUUAAAGAUAAAGAUAUAGUGAUCAACUGGAUUACCGCCGAUGACAUAUCAAAUGUUGUGCCAGUUGUCUUAUCUAAAAACAUCUUUGAAGUUUGAUGACUUUCUCAGUAUUCAUUCUAAGAGUAGGUUGACGUCACCACAAAGAGCAACUCAAAAAAUGCACCCCUUGGUUACUGCAUAAUUAGCUUUGUUUUAUACUUUGUUUUAUAAGAAAAUAUUUCUUGAACGCUUUGUCAUGUUCACUUUGGGAUGUUAUAGAAGUUAAAGUUUUCUUGAGUGUGUAUCAACAUGUUUAUGUAGAUGCAUAAAAUAAAUUUUUUUUAAGGCCAUCAAGAUUAAAGUGAUGGCUGUAUUUUUAAUAAUUGUGAAUUAGUGUUUUAUCCAGGGUAUUGAGUCCAAUGGCAACUCACGAGAUCGUGCACCUGUCAUUUUUUUUUCCUAAGAAAAAAUACAUAUUUAUUUGAGGGAAAAGGUCUGUAGGAGGAGUGGACUUGGGUGUGUUCCCAAACUUUUUUCCCAAGAAGCGGCCCCAUGAUUUUAAAUUUUUAUUUGUGACGCGUUGCAUCUUUAAGCAACGCAUUAAAUAAAAGUAGAAUAGAAUAUGUUUAAGGAUUUUGUAUCUUGAUGAUAUAGUAUGACAAUGACAAUGACUCUUUGAUCACGAGUCUCAUUAUCGACUUUCAUACUAAUGUAGUUUCAAAAAUUACAUAUACAAGUCCCAUUUAGAGAUGUGAAAAUAA